AACAACAGCUAUCUAGGGCUCCGCGCUCACUCGUUCUAAUCGCGCUGUGACUCGCGAACUUUGAACCGCAAGUAGCAUGCAGUACGUAAUAUCAGCGCGACUCCUCUCGCCACGCAAUUCGGAUUUUAUAGCGACAGCGCUUAAGUUUGCACCUCGCCGAGAAAUGUCGUCCACGCGACCGGUUACCUUGCUCGGUACCAUGGCCUUCGGAGGCCGGGCGGACGCCGAGCAGAGCCUGGAAAUGGCCAAGAUCUUCCUGGACCGAGGUCACAAGCACCUGGACACUGCCUUCAUGUACGUGGAUGGGAAGUCGGAGACCAUCAUAGGGGCCAUGAAACUCCCCAAAACAGUCAGCAUUGCCACCAAGGCAAAUCCGUGGGACAACAAGACGCUGAAACCGGAAAGUGUGCGCUCGCAACUGGAGACGUCCCUGAAGCGUCUGCAGACCGACUGCGUGGACCUCUUCUACCUGCACGCCCCCGAUCACCUCAAUCCAAUCGUGGACACCCUGCGGGCUUGCGACGAGCUCCACAAAGAGGGGAAAUUCAAGGAAUUUGGACUGUCCAACUAUGCAUCAUGGGAAGUGGCUGAAAUUGUGUGCCUAUGCAGACAUAACAACUGGAUUGCGCCCACUGUGUAUCAGGGGAUGUACAACGCCACGACGAGGCAGGUCGAGACAGAGUUGCUGCCGUGUUUGAGGUACUUUGGGAUGAGGUUCUACGCGUACAACCCUCUCGCAGGCGGCCUUCUGACCGGAAAGUAUCACUAUGAGGACAAAGAUACAAGUCAACCCGCAGGGAGAUUCUUUGGUAACAACUGGGCUGCAACGUACAGGGACAGGUACUGGAAGCAGAGUCAGUUCCAAGCCAUAGAACUAGUCCAAAAGGCCUUGGAGGCGGCGUACGGGCCGACACCGCCUACCCUGUUGUCCGCCGCCAUGCGUUGGAUGUACCACCACUCCCAACUCAAGGGGGACCUCGGCGACGGCGUCAUCGUCGGCAUGUCCAGCGUGGAGCAGCUCAGACAGAAUCUGGCCGCCGCGGAGGAAGGUCCUCUUGAUGAGAGGGUCGUGAAGGCCUUCGGGGACGCUUGGAGCCUGGGAGCUCACGAGUGUCCCAACUACUUCCGAUAGACGGAGCGAGAUCGUCCAGGGUUGUUUGGUCUAUAAUUUAUAAUCGUUAAUCAAAGAAUAAUUGCGAAGAGUUAAGGCGAUUGAGCAUUGGGGUGAAAUUUCAGGAUAAACCUAAAAUGCACAAAAACCUUAAUAGGCGAACAAAAUUUGAUUCUGUAAGCCUGUUAAUGCACAUCCACCUGUUCAGUGGUUUAUGAAAAUUUCAAUGAGUGUCCGAAUUGAAUGCCUUUCUGUUCCUCUCCCAGUCUCCUUCAGUUCCUUGGUAGUCAAGUUGUGCAAAAAGUACUGAAGAGUUGUACGUGCGGUCAAAAGUUGAAAUUAAGUUCUCCAACAAUGGUUAGUUACAGUGCAUUUUAAAUUCAUCCUGAAAUUUUCCCCUAACAUCC